AUGGUUCAUAAGCUUAUUCUUCUUAGACACGGUCAAUCCGAAUGGAACUCAAAGAAUUUGUUCACUGGUUGGGUUGAUGUGAAGCUUUCUGCUCAGGGUCGUAAGGAGGCUAAGAGAGCAGGUGAGUUGUUGAAGGACUCUGGAUUGAAACCAGAUAUUGUCUUCACUUCCUUGUUGAGCAGAGCUAUUCAGACUGCUAACAUUGCUUUGGAGGAGGCUGACUUCCUUUACCUUCCAGUCGUUAGAUCAUGGAGAUUGAACGAGAGACACUACGGUGAUCUGCAGGGUAAGAACAAAGCUGAGGUUUUGGAGGAAGUUGGACCUGUCCAGUUCAAGGUCUGGAGAAGAUCAUACAACACCCCACCACCUCCUAUUGCCAGGGGUAACAAGUUCGCACAGUUCGAUGAUGCCAGAUACGCACACUUGGACCCAUCCGUUCUUCCAGCUACGGAAUCUUUGCAAUUGGUUAUUGAGAGAAUGUUGCCAUUCUACCAAGAUGUCAUUGCUAAGGAAUUGAGAGAGAACAAGACUGUCUUGAUUGCAGCCCAUGGUAACUCUUUGAGAGGUUUGGUCAAGUACUUGGAGAAGAUCUCUGACGACGAUAUCGCUAACUUGAACAUUCCAACUGGUAUUCCAUUGGUCUUUGAAUUGGAUGAUGAUCUCAAGCCAAUUAAGAAGCCAUACUACUUGGACCCAGAAGCUGCUGCUGCUGGUGCUGCCGCCGUUGCUGCUCAGGGACAGAAGAAAUAA